UUGCGUCACCGAGGAGGCGGGGCCAGUCUCUCUCUUCCGGGUUGCUGCAACUCUGCUGGUUUAGAGAUUUGAUUGUUCAGGAAUGAAAGCAGUGUCCCGUCACUGGGCUGCAUCGGUGCAUGUAGCGCUUAGUCUUAUUGGGCUUCCCUACGCUGCUGCCACGAGUGGAGUCUGGUGCGUCCAACCAAUUUCCAGCAGUAAGAAGGCCAUUACCCGCAGUGUCUUUUCAUCAACAUCAGUCUACAUGUGUUCUGCCGCCGCGCACGUGAAGGCUCGCUGCCCGGUGUAUCCCGGAUCAGACACACACCGCUUCCCUGUCCCAGACCACACAGUAGACUGGGACACAGACUGGCCCCAGUACAGCCCUGUCAACUAUACCGCCCCCACUGUACUGAACAAGCCUGUUUGGGCUGACCCAGAGAUUGGUGCAUUUUCCCCACAGUUCAAUUCUAUAGAUCAAUCUGUGGACAGGAGAAGCCAUGAGGGCUCGUAUCAUGUUCAAAAUGGCAAACCACUUAAUCCACAUGGAAGGACUGGGCUGGAGGGCCGAGGAUUACUGGGAAGGUGGGGUCCGAACCACGCCGCUGAUCCAAUAGUUACCAGGUGGAAAAGGGACUCUACAGGACAGCGUGUCAACAACACUAACUCUCAACUACCUGUGCUGCAAUUUGUGUCCAUCAAGAGGUUGGACUGUGGCGAAUGGGCCAUCCCAGGGGGAAUAGUGGACCCUGGAGAGCGCAUUUCUCAAACACUGCAGCGCGAGUUCUCGGAAGAGGCGUUAAACUCUCUGCAGGCAUCUCCAAGUGAGAGGGAAAAGAUCCAGAAGCGAAUCGCUGAACUUUUCAACUCCGCAGGUCUUCAGGUGUAUAAAGGUUAUGUAGAUGAUCCAAGAAACACAGAUAAUGCUUGGAUGGAGACAGUUGCAGUCAACUUCCAUGAUGAAUCAGGUAAUAGUGUGAGUGAGCUUCCAUUGCAAGCAGGCGAUGACGCAGGUCAAGUGAGCUGGAUGGAUGUUGACUCCUCUCUGGCCCUUUAUGCCAAUCACUUGCAUUUCCUAGAGACCGUUGCAAAGGAAAGAAAUGCACACUGGUAACAGAAAAUAGUAAAAAAUGCCUUUCUGCUUUAACAUAAAUUACAGAAAUCUUUGUAUAUGUAUAAUUUAAAUGACAUGUAUGAAGAUGUGUAGCUUGGAUAUAUAAUUUAGAUGCAAACUAGUAAAAUCAGUUCGGGUGCUGACACAUAUUUAUAUGAAGUAUGAAAUGUUUGCCACAAAACUGCCAACAAUUGAAUUCUAAUGAACCAAAGGUUCACCUCAAUUAACUGUAAACUUUCUUAAUAUCCAUAUUAUAAAGCAUGGCUACUGAAAAUGGAGGCAUAAGGAUUAUUUAAGUUUUCCUGUUACUCUGAAUUUACCACUACUACCCAAGAACUUGUGUAUGACUUUU